AUCCGUUCGACCAAGUGGCACUCUCCGGCUGAUAGAGCGGGAAUAAGACACUCGAAACAAUAAGUGGCAUAGGCGCUUAUUUGUUUAUCAACAAACAUUUCAUUCCAUAGGUGAGGCAUCGCCUGUGUCUACGAGAUUCUAGGAACAAGAGAACAGCGAUAAUAAUACAAUAUGCCUCAUAUCGCAAACACACCCGAGUCCAUGCUGUCUCGCUCGGAUUCACUAGACCCAGCCACAACAUGCAGAGGUGUGACCUCAAAUGGCCGACCAUGUCGCCGUGCCCUAGCUGCCUCUACAGGACCUCAAAAAGACACAGCUUCGGCUUCCAUGUACUGCUGGCAGCACAAAGACCAAGCGAUACCAACACCGGUGUCGAAUAAUCAGGGAUCAACCCGCCCCUCACAAAACCCACAGCCAAAGCCGCGGACAAGCAUCGACACUUUGAUGGACCGGCUGGGCGUUCUGGAGAUCAACGACCCACAGGCGAAACCGGCGCCGUACCGACGCCGCAAACCAAAAAAGCGGACAGUAUGUUGCUGCUUCGAGAUCGUCGAAGACAUCGAGAACGAGCGGCCUCCGAGGCCUGUGACAGUGAGCACGACGGCAGACGCUCGUCCGUCGCGGCCGAUGCAGCAGGUCUCGUCCAGCUCUUAUCCAGGACGGCCUAAGCCGCCGGCCCAGAAACCAUCAUCACAGUCAACACUACUAUCGCCUCGGCCAACAUCCCACCGGCCAUCCCUGCAAAGUAGCCCGGCGUCUUCCUCAUCACACACGACGACACUCCUCGCAUGGAUUCCUCCAACACUAACCCCGCAAACAACAUCUUCCCUGCUCACGGAGCUGGCGAAGCCCAUCUCCGAAGCGGACGAACCGGGCUACAUAUACAUGUUCUGGGUCGCCAGAUCGCUCGUUCCGGAAGCACACAGACCAGAGCACGGUCGCCGCAUCAGCGACGCACUCAAAACAGCACGCGAGAUGAACGUUCUAACCUCCAAACCGACCAGCCAGGCAUCUGGUACUAUCCGCCUGAAGAUUGGCCGGACGAGUAACGUGCAGCGCCGACUAAAUGAAUGGUCGAGACAGUGUUCGCAUCAUCUGACUCUGAUCCGUUACUACCCGUAUACACCAUCGACGCCGUCGCCAUCGCCAUCGCCGGUUCGAUUGCUGUCUGGAGGAAAUCGGGGAAAUGGCUCUGCCGUCUUGGAGCCGGGGAGGAAAGUUCCCCAUGUGCAUCGCGUGGAACGGCUGAUUCACCUUGAGCUGGGAGACGUCAGGGUUCGGGACCUGGGACGAUGUGAGGAGUGUGGGAAAGAGCACCGGGAGUGGUUCGAGGUUGCAGCGGAGAAACAAGCGUUGAAACGGGUGGACGAGUGUAUCAGACGAUGGGUGGACUGGGCGGAAAGUCAGAAGCUGUGAUAACAUUCGCUGCGACUGCUGGAUUCAAUAACAUGGUGGUAA